AAUUGCUCCUGCACUGAACUAAAGGGUAAGCACCCUGAAAACUGUAGUGAUUAGAACAAAAGAAGAUCGUGUCUUUGGUAAACACAAACCUCAAAAAAACUUCACACAGACACCAUCCUCAAAGCUCAUAGAUUUCCUCAAAACAUCCGCGGUACAUUUCUUACACACAACUGACAACUAACACACAAAUCCAAACACAAAAGAAGGAAUCAUGGGUUUUGUUUCUUGUCUUGGUUCUGCUCCUUCAAUGGCUAUUUAUUGCCAUUUCCUGCUUCUUUCCUUGUUGCUUGUCCCUCCAUCUCUCUCCCAAGUCUCAGAAUUUGUGAGCAUAGACUGCGGAGGAACAACCAACCACACCGAUUCAAGAACGGGGCUCCAAUGGGUUUCAGACAGCAACCUAAUGAGAACUGGGAAUUCAGUUUCUAUCCAGAACCCAGAUGGGAAUUUGGAGCAGUACAAGAGAAGAAGAGAUUUCCCAAUAGACAGCAACAAAAAGUACUGCUACAACUUGGCCACGAGGGAGAGAAGGAGGUACUUGAUUCGAGCUACAUUCCAGUAUGGCAACUUGGGGAAUCAAGAUGCGUACCCAAAAUUUGAUCUUUACUUAGAUGCUACCAAAUGGUCUACUGUCACGAUUACGGAUGCAUCUAGGGUUUAUGUGAAUGAGAUGAUCAUAAGGGCACCUUCUGGUUCGGUUGAUGUCUGCAUAUGCUGUGCGUCGACUGGUUCACCGUUUAUAUCUACUCUGGAGUUGAGGCCAUUCAAUCUUUCCAUGUAUGCGACUGAUUUUGAAGGGGACUUCUUUCUCAAGGUGGCUGCUAGGGUCAAUUUUGGCGCGCCUACCAAGGAUGCUAUAAGGUACCCAGAUGACCCAUAUGACAGGAUUUGGGAUUCAGAUCUCGUAAAAAGACAGAACUUCCUUGUAGGUGAAGCUGGAGGAACAAUCAGGAUCAACACAACCAAAGACAUAUGGGUUGGCACUAGAGAGUACCCUCCAGUCAAGGUAAUGCAAACAGCAGUUGUGGGCACAGAAGGGACACUCAGCUACAGACUCAACCUUGAAGAUUUCCCGGCAAAUGCUAGAGCUUACGCAUAUUUUGCUGAGAUAGAGGAGCUGGGAGACUACGAGACUCGAAAGUUCAAGCUGACACAGCCUUAUUUCCCUGACUACAGCAAUGCAGUGGUGAACAUUGUGGAGAAUGGGAAUGGCAGCUACAGUCUGUAUGAGCCUAGUUACAUGAAUGUGAGCCUUGAUUUCGUUCUGUCGUUUGCGUUUGCCAAGACUCGGGAUUCGACUCGAGGGCCAUUGCUGAAUGCGCUGGAGAUCAGCAAGUAUCUGCAGAUUGCAGCAAAGACAGAUGACCAAGAUGUCACUGUGUUGAAUGCCUUUCGAUCACUAUCUCCUGGAAGCCCUUGGGCAAAUGAAGGAGGUGAUCCUUGCAUCCCAACUCAUUGGGAAUGGGUGACCUGUGGCAAGACUUCCCCGCCAAGGAUCACAAAAAUUUCCUUGUCAGGCAAGAAUUUGAAGGGAGAGAUCCCACCUGAGAUAUACCACAUAAGGGAAUUGGAAGAGCUGUGGCUGGAUGGGAACUCCUUCACAGGCUCAAUCCCAGAUAUAAGCAACCUUGUCAACCUUAGAAUCAUGCAUCUGGAGAGCAACAAGCUUACUGGUUCACUACCAAAGUACCUGGCAAGCUUGCCAAAUUUGCAUGAACUGUACAUACAGAAUAAUUCCUUAACUGGAACCAUACCUCCAACAUUGCUGACUGGGAAAGUAAUCAUUAACUAUGAACACAAUCCAGGACUACACAAAGAGGCAAAGAAAAAGAUGCACUUCAAGUUGGUGCUUGGAAUCUCCAUUGGCAUACUUGCAGCUCUAUUGCUUCUCCUGCUAGGAAGUCUGGUGUACUUGCUGCAUCACCGGCGAAAAAACACCAUUCAGAAAACAAAUGAACCAGCCAAAAUACCAGGGAGCUCUUUCCGUGCCAGUGCCAAGCCUUCGACUGCCUAUUCAGUUUCACGCGGCUGGCAUCUAACAGAAGAUGGCAUUUCAUACUACAUUUCACUCUCCAAAAUUGAAGAAGCUACCAAGAACUUCUCCAAGAAAAUUGGGAGAGGAAGCUUUGGGACAGUGUACUAUGGGCAGAUGGAAGAUGGCAAAGAAGUAGCAGUUAAAAUCAUGGCAGAUUCCUGCACCAACCUCAACCAACAAUUUGUGACCGAGGUUGCCCUUCUGUCAAGAAUUCAUCACAGGAACUUGGUCCCAUUGAUAGGAUACUGUGAAGAACAGAACCAAAGGAUCCUAAUCUACGAAUACAUGCACAAUGGAACACUAAGGGAUCACAUCCAUGGUUCGGUUAACCAGAAGCGAUUAGACUGGCUGGCACGGCUGAGGAUUGCUGAAGACGCAGCUAAAGGUCUUGACUACUUGCACACUGGUUGCAAUCCUAGUAUUAUACACAGAGAUGUGAAGACCACCAACAUUCUACUAGACAUCAACAUGAGAGCCAAAGUCUCGGACUUUGGUCUUUCCAGACAAGCUGAAGAGGAUCUAACACAUGUCUCGAGUGUGGCACGUGGCACGGUUGGUUACCUCGACCCCGAGUACUAUGCAAACCAGCAGUUGACAGAGAAGAGUGAUGUCUACAGUUUUGGGGUUGUCCUCUUGGAACUCAUCUCAGGGAAAAAACCAGUCUCUGCAGAAGACUUUGGUUCAGAACUCAACAUUGUUCACUGGGCAAGGGCUCUGAUAAGAAAAGGGGAUGUAAUGAGCAUAAUGGACCCGUUCCUGAUAGGGAAUGCGAAGAUUGAAUCGGUCUGGAGGGUAGCAGAAGUUGCGAUCCAGUGUGUCGAGUUGAGAUCAGUUUCCAGGCCAAAGAUGCAGGAAAUAAUCCUGGCGAUACAAGAAGCUGGCAAGAUAGAGAAAGGGGUUGACGAAAGCCAAAAGCUGAUGCAAUCUGUGGAUGGUUCCAAGGGACAAUCUUCCAGAAAGACAUUGUUGACAAGCUUUCUUGAGAUUGAUCAAAGCCCUGACUUUUCCAAUGGAUCAUCAGGGCUAGUCCCUUCUGCUAGAUGAUGAUGACCUAUUUCCUGUUUCUUGAUUCCUUUCACUUUCUCCUAACUUCUUCUCCCUCCCUCUAACAGAUGAACUUGUACAUCGUUGUUUUUGAGAUAGGAGGAUAAGGAGGCAAUCGAAUGUUAUUAGGGAAGUGUCAUCUCAGUUGUUUUUGGGUAUUCUUGUGCCUUGUGGUGCACAAUGGAAGUUCAUAUUAUAUUGACAUACUUAACUAUUUUCUGUGAGUGGACACCCCUCGGAUUGGUUCUUUGUACUUUAUAGGUUUGGCAUGAUUAUGAGUAGGAAUGAGAAUCGGUAAGUGAG